AUGCGUGCCGGAGCUUCGGCCCACGAGCUGGCCACCGUAUCUCGCCUUCAACCCGACCAUAGUGUCCGCGCCAAGGCAAUGACUGGGAUUGGUCAACUCCGGACGCUACAGCUGGAGGCAUGCCGACUGCAGCUGGAAAAGGCGGUACGCUCCGUGGCAUGCACAUCGACAUCGUUGACACAAGCCAUGCAGAGGAUACCACCUACGGCGAACGCAGAGUCUCAACACGCCCGCCGGGCUCAAGACGCCCGCCGGGCUCAAGCGAUCAACCGCGCUAAGACCCUUGAAGCAACCACUAGCCAAAAGUACAGGCAGGGUAAGAGCACCCUCCUGGCCGCGGUUCAAGAAGCCGUUGCCGCGCGUGCAAUGGCCGCGGGCGCGGCGGCAAGGAUGACACUGGUCGAUCUCUACCUUCAGGGGGCUCAGUGCAUGAUUGUCAGCAAGGAUCUCUGUUUGGCGGAGGGGGCUUCCGUCGAACGUGACACACACGCGCUCACCAACAUCGGGAGGCAAAUGGUCCAAGAAGGGAUCAAUGAAUGCAGGACCGUGGCGAGCAUCUCCUUGGGCAGCGUGCGGCAACAGCACGAAGAACACGUGGAGACGAGCAUGAAGCACCUCCUGCACCUCGACGAAACCAUGAAAGGAAUUUCCCAAAUGGAGGUGGAUAUCGUGAUGGCCGUGGCUGCGGACCCCGGCCUCUCUGGUGGGGUGACGACGUACCACAAAUGCCCGAACGGUCACGUGUACGGUGUGGGAGGCUGUGGUAGGCUGAACGGGUCCAGGAUCUGCCCGGAGUGCGGACUUGCGAUCGGCGGCCGAGGUUAUCAUUGAU